CAUUAAUCCUGGCGGAUCAGGACCUUGUUGUGAGCGCUCCACUGAUCUCCACGGCUGCAGAGCAAGGCUACCAGAGUGCGGUUAGAGCGGGAUGCUAGCGUCCACCGGCGCCAUGGAUCCCCAGGCCUUGGCACAAAUGGCUUGGGCCGAACCUAUGUACUGUGUAAACCAAAGCUUCAAUGCCAUCUUCAAACACGACUUGCUCCUCCUAAGAUUGGAGCCCACCAUGAACAAUCAACAAUUCCGCAGCUUGCUCCUCAGCAACUCACAAAAGAAAGAUGGCGCCGCAGCCGCCGCAGUCUCCACUGCAGCCAGCCCGCCGACCACCCGUCCGUCCGCGACGCCCGCCCUGGGCGCCCGCAAGCGCUCCGCCGCCUUCUUCCCCAUGACGCCGCGCCAGGUGGGCCGUCGUCACUCCGGAUCCGCCGAAUUCGCGCGCCAGCUCGCCGAACGCAACAACAAUGGCAAGCAGCCGGGUUCGGGCACCCAGCAGAAGAAGUUCAAGUCCUCGUUGCCCAAGGGCGUCAAGCUCGCUGCCGGAUACCGCGAUCGGACCAAGGACCGCGAGGGAGGAAGAGAAGGGGAAGGGGAAGGGGAAGAGGAUGAUGAGGGGGGAAAGCAGAACGAGGUGGCGCAGCGGGUGAAAGCGUUGGAGGAGGCGAUGAAGGAGGGCCAGAUCAAUCGGGAGACGUUUGAUCAUCUCGUUCAGGAGAUUGCCGGUGGAGACCUCUCGGCGACACACCUGGUCAAGGGGUUGGAUAGGAAGCUGCUGGAGAAGGUUAGGAAAGGGGAGGUCAGUUUGGCGGAGCGUGCUACUAAAGGCGGACGGACGGGGACACCGGGUUCUGAGGCCGAAGAUGAGCUCGAUGAGUUAGUCCAGCAAGAUAUUGCGCCGGUCGUGAGGGAAAAGGUGGAGAAGAAAGGGGAGAGGGCACCCCCGCCCCCGGUCGCCGGCGUCAAGAGGAGCAGAGACGCCAUCUUGGCCGAAUUGAAAGCACAGAGAAAAGCCGCAGCUGAGGCGGCGGCUGCAGAGCACGCAAAAAAGUACCCCAGUCUGGGACCGGGUUUUCGCAAAGUUGGCCCAGGCGGAGAGACGACGAGAAUCGAGAUCGACGCUAGUGGGAGAGAAGUUCUUAUCAUCACAGAUGCAAACGGCAAGGAGAAAAGGAAGGUGAGGAAGCAGCAGGUUCAGCAGCCCGAGGUGGAGCGCGGGCACGACGUCGAGGAGGAGCCUUUGCACCUCAAGCAAGACACUCCGCCCCCUCCGCAGAAACAUGAUUCGGAAGACGACGACGAUGAUAUCUUCGCCGGGGUGGGCUCCAACUACAAUCCACUUGCGGCCAUCCAGGGUGAUGGCGAAGACGAUGCCUCGUCAGACGACGAGGAGGAGGACGAUCAGGCGGUGGCGAUCGCGGACAAGGGUCCCAAUGCAGAAGAAGCUGGUAAAGAGGAAGAAGGAGAAGCGGCACCUCCAGAGGAGUCCAGUGUGGAAUCCAAGGUUUCCACCGAGCCAGCUGUAUCCCGCCCCCGCCGAAAUUACUUCAACGACACGCCGGCUGCCGGCAAGGAAAGGGAGAAGGACGCCGCCGAUGCAACCGUACUUGCGGCCCUCAAGAAGGUCCGGACGCUCGACGUGAGCUCCUCACUCCUUCAGGACUCCGAGGAAGCUCGGCUCGCCAAGCGCGCUGCUGAGCUCGCCGCUCGUGAUCGAGACAUGGACGAUUUGGAUCUGGGCUUUGGCGCAAGUAGAUUCGAAGACGCCGAAGAAAUGGAGAUGGAGGGCGAGAAGGUCAAGUUCUCAGAGUGGAAGGGUCUGGGUGCUGACGAUGACGAGGAUGACGGGAGCCACAGAGGCGGGCCGUCGAAGAAAAGAAAGCGCGGAGGCAAGAAGAAGAAAGGGGGCAAGAACAGCGUGGCAGAUGUACUGAAAGUCAUGGAGAGGCAAAAGAGCGCAAAGACGCUGGGUUGAUGGUUGUAGGCAGGCAGUGGUUUUUAUCGUAAACCUAUUCAUUACACAGGCAGCCACUACUUUGUAGUUUGGCUGCCAAAAUGCACAAGUAACUCCUCAAC